AAUGGGUUCAUAAUAAUGUAUUACAUGAUUUUCCUAAAACCAUUACAGCUUAAUAUUGAAUUACAGGUUGUGUCAGAAGAUGAAUUACCAACGAUCAAAAACAAACGUAAAUUGGCUGAAGGCGACUAUGAUCCAGGUUCUCCAACUUCCGAAAAUGAAACUCCCGUAAAGAAACCCGCCUUAGAUGCUGACGUCGAAAAAGAAAAAGACGAUAAGUCAUCAAAACCGAAAAAAUUACCUACCCUGGAUAAGUACUGGAAAGCUGUAAACGACGAUCCAGCUGAUUUUACCGGAUGGACGUAUUUGUUGCAAUAUGUUGAUCAAGAGAAUGAUAUGGAAGCGGCUCGUGAAGCGUACGACGCCUUCUUAUCUCACUAUCCGUAUUGCUAUGGAUACUGGCGUAAAUAUGCGGAUUACGAAAAGCGUAAAGGGAACAAGAAGAAGUGCGAGGAGGUUUUCGAACGUGGACUGAAAGCUAUUCCUCUGUCGGUGGAUCUGUGGAUCCAUUACCUUACCUAUGUUCGCACGUCGCGUCCCGACGACGAAGAAUUCAUAAGGUCUCAAUUCGAAAGAGCACUGUCCGCUUGCGGUUUGGAGUUUCGUUCGGACCGACUAUGGGAUAGCUACAUAAAAUGGGAAACUGAAGCAAAACGUUUACAGCAUGUUACCGCCAUUUACGAUCGUCUUCUUGCCACUCCAACGCAGGGUUACACGACACAUUUUGACAAUUUCCAAGAACAUAUCGCUUCCCAUGCUCCAAACAAAGUUUUAGAAGUGGACGAAUUUUUGGCUUUACGUAAAGAAAUGAAGCACAUGCUCAAACACGAUGCUGCAACUGAAGGGGAUUCUGAGAAUCCUGACGUUCCUCCCGGCGAAGAUGAAUCGAAAAAUGUGGUACGCUAUUUUUAAUAUUUUAAGUUUGUU